AUGGCGUUCGAUCUCGAUGCUUGCAUAGCCACGCUGCUCAAGAAGCAGCUGCUCGGCGAGGCGUUGCUCAAGGAGAUCUGCGAAAAGACCAAGGAGGUGCUGAUGCGGGAGAGCAACGUCGUCCACAUCUCGGCGCCCGUCACAGUCGUGGGCGACAUCCACGGGCAAUUCUACGACCUGAUUGAGAUCUUCCGGAUAGGCGGGUACGCGCCGCACACCAACUAUCUCUUCCUGGGCGACUACGUCGACCGCGGCCUGUUUUCGGUCGAGACCAUCUCGCUGCUGACGUGCCUCAAGCUGCGGUAUCCGGACCGCGUCCAGCUGAUCCGCGGCAACCACGAGAGCCGCGCCGUCACGCAGACCUACGGCUUCUACACAGAGUGCCUGCGCAAGUACGGGUCGGCCAAUGUGUGGACCUACUUUACCGACAUGUUCGACUUCCUCACCCUCAGCGUCGUCAUCGACGAUCAGAUCUUUUGCGUGCACGGAGGCCUCUCGCCGUCGAUCCACUACAUCGACCAGAUCAAGAUCAUCGACCGGUUCCGCGAGAUCCCGCACGAAGGGCCAAUGGCGGACCUGGUGUGGUCCGAUCCGGACCCGGACAAGGAGGAGUUUGCCAUUUCGCCGCGCGGCGCGGGCUACACGUUUGGGGCGAGCGUCGUCAAGCACUUUCUGGAGCGCAACAACAUGUCGCACAUCCUGCGCGCCCACCAGCUCUGCAUGGAGGGCUUCUCGGUCCUCUACGACGACCGCCUCAGCACCGUGUGGUCGGCGCCCAACUACUGCUACCGCUGCGGCAACAUGGCCAGCAUCCUCGAGGUCGGGCCGGGCGGCACCAAGCACUUUAACACGUUCGAGGCUGCUCCGGAAAACGACCGAGACGGGCCCAACCAGGUGCAGAACCAACAAAAGCACGAGGCGGUCGAGUACUUCCUUUAA